UUUAACUUCCGCUAGAGGUCCGUGGAAUGGUUUCACACGCGCAGUCAAAAGACCUGGCGGCAUUUGUAGAACACGCCCACAAAAGUUGAAGCCUAGAUCUCACCCAUGGCGCUGCAUGUCUGCCAUUCCAUUUUGUCUCCCUCUUUCUUUAGUUACAACCCAAGCAUGGACUGGGCCAUGAGCCAGACAAAUAUCACUCCAUGCAAAGAUCUCAUUUCGUGUUGGUCGCUGUGACUUUCCAAUCAGUUGAAUAACACGUUCGAUCGAUUGCUUGAUCAAGCAACGACUUUUGAACUUUGAUCGGCUGCUACCGAUAGUGUUUGCUUCGCUACCGUCAGUCCUACCAGCAAAAUGGGGAAGGUGAACGUGAACGACGAUGUUGUCAAUAACGAUGCAACAGCGGCUGAGAAGCGUCCAUUCCUGGAGAGCGGACCUGAAUCGGUCAAGUUAACGCCCAGCUGGGAAGACCGGAAUCUACCGGCGGCUGAACUGAAUCUGAGGGGGCUAGAAUCUGAUCUGGAUAAAGCCGCUUUGGACAUGGAUCCACCACCCGAUCGAUGGAAUUUGGUGUACCUCACAUUUAUACUCCACGGGAUAGGGACAUUAAUGCCCUGGAAUAUGUUUAUUACCGCGAAAGAUUACUUCGUCGUUUAUAAACUUGGCCAAGAAUAUACAGGCCAAAAUCUCACGUAUGCUGCCAACUUUCUACAAUUCCUUGGCUUUGCUUCCCAGGUGCCCAAUGUCAUAUUCAACUGGUUAAACAUUUUCAUCCAAAUUGGAGGAAGUUUUAGUACGCGAAUCAUUGGAGGCAUUCUGGUAGAAGUGGCUAUUUUCGUUCUGACCGUUGUUUUGGCUAUGUUGGACUCGUCUCAGUGGCCAGGAGUGUUUUUUUGGACUACCAUGGGAUCCGUCGUCAUACUAAAUAUGGCUGGAGGAAUAUACCAAAAUACCGUUUAUGGUAUGGCAGCCAAGCUACCCUUUAAAUAUACCGGAGCGGUCGUCCUUGGUUCUAAUAUCAGUGGAACUUUUACGGCCGUCAUCAACGUCAUCUCUUUAGCUCUGGCUCCCAAUGCCCGUACCUCGGCUAUUUACUAUUUCAUCGCUGCCCUCUUUAUUCUGUUGGCCUGUUUCGACUCUUUCUUCGCCUUACCUCUCAACAGGUUCUACCGUUAUAACGAUCAACGCAUUAAGCGGCAAGAACAAGAAAAGAGUGUUGCCUCAGGUGGUAUCAAAGCCCGCACACCCUAUUGGAUAAUUUUCAAGAAAUGCUAUCCGCAAUGUCUCAACGUUUUCCUCGUAUUCUUCGUUACACUUUCCAUCUUUCCUGCAGUUUACUCUGAUAUCAAAAUGGUUGAUGAGGAUUUCAUCAUUCCGCAGAGGUAUUUCGUGGCUGUUUGCUGUUUUCUGAGCUUUAACUUUUUUGCAAUGGUUGGAAACAUGUUACCUGGACUUUUCACUUGGCCAGGACCGCGUUUUUUGUGGAUCCCAGUCGUGUUGCGAAUCUUAUUCGUUCCAUUCUUCUUGCUGUGCAACUACCAACCGUUGGGCGUAACGCGAGCAUUACCGGUUCUUAUCGCAAAUGAUUGGGCAUACUGGAUCGGUGGCAUUUUUUUGGGUGUCACAAGCGGAUACUAUUCUUCACUAGCCAUGAUGUAUUGCCCACGAACUGUCGAACCCGAAUAUGCAGCUACGGCUGGCAUGUUUGGAGCCGCUUGCCUGAUUACUGGCAUUUUUGGUGGCAUCAAUUUCUCGUUAAUUAUGCCCAUUCUUGUCGAAUCGAUUUCUUUCUAAUCGACCACAUUUCUUCUUUCUGGUAAAAAAAAAAGAAUGGGCGCAGGAGCUUCAAGACUUUUUCUAGCCCACUAGUUUACUCAUACUUUUGAAAUUUUGUUCGUGUUAUUUAGUGAAACCCUAGGUACGAUUCUUUAUUUCUCUUUCUGUUUUGGAAGAGUUGUGGGGACAAAUGGGAAUGCGCAGUCAAAUGUUCAGUGCAAUCGUCGAACUGCUGUGCAACUAGUCCAGUUCACUCGCAUUUUUCCGUUGACAAUUGAUUUUCUCGUUUCCUUGAACUAAUUUAUUGUUUUGCUUUCUGGCUCAAGGUAAAUUGGUGCAUUCACGGCACUUGGAGGACGAGAAGCUACUGCCCUUUCAAAUUUUUUGUUUACGUUUAUUUCUCCCCAACCAUAACGUUUGCACUGCUUCCUCCAGCAGUCGUGCUAGAUUUUUAUUUCAAAAUCAAUUAGUGAUUUUGACCACGGGUUUCGUGCAAGCUGCCAUCAUAACAGCUGCCCCUUCGUGAGAUUUUUUGGUACCCUUCAGUCACCAAUCGGAGUGGACCUCAUUGCGUACAUUGCUUUUUUUCUUCUUUCCUUUCUUAAGUCGAUGUUCAAUGUCCUUAUAGUAAUGAAUAUUUCAGUGGUCCAAU